AUGGGAGGCUCUAUACACAUGGAACCUUAUGAGUAUAAGUCAAAUAAAACGAAGCCUAGAUUUCUCAACACUUUCAAGUUCAGAGUUCUUAUUUUUUGCAUAGCCGUUUCAGCCUUAGGAACUCUAAGGUUCUUACUUUUUAAACAAGUCACAUAUUAUAGUCCGGAUUUUAAAAACUUACCUACCAUCGACUACUAUGAUUUAAAAGAAUACGAAGGAGAUGCGGAUGGUUGGCAGAGAGAAAAUAGAGUCCUAUUCUGCGUUCCUUUACGUGACGCUGCUAUUCAUCUACCGAUGUUUUUUGGACACAUGAGGAACCUUACUUAUCCGCAUCAUUUGAUAGAUUUGGCUUUCUUGGUGAGUGAUUCUUCGGAUGGAACGAUGGCAUCAUUAGUAAAACAUUUAAAAGCUAUUCAAAAUGAUCCAAACCCAGCAAUGAAGUUCGGUGAGAUUGAAAUAUUUGAAAGAGAUUUUGGUCAAGCUAUUGGCCAAGGAUUUUCCGACAGACAUGGAUUUGCUGCGCAAGGUCCAAGGCGAAAAAUGAUGGCGAAAGCUAGAAAUUGGUUAUGGACCGUUGCUAUAAAACCAUAUCACUCAUAUGUAUAUUGGAGAGAUGCUGAUGUUGAAACUGUUCCUCCUACGAUAUUGGAAGAUUUGAUGCACCAUAAUAAAGAUGUCAUAGUUCCGAAUGUGUGGAGGCCGUUGCCAGACUGGUUAGGGAACCAACAGCCUUAUGAUUUGAAUUCUUGGCAGGAAUCCGAAGGCGGCUUGCAAUUGGCUGAUACUUUGGAUGAAGAUGCUUGCAUUGUAGAAGGGUACGUGGAAUAUCAAACAUGGAGACCUCAUUUGGCAUACUUGAGAGAUCCUUAUGGAGAUCCUGAGGUCGAGAUGGAUCUAGAUGGUAUUGGUGGGGUUUCAAUAUUAACAAAAGCAAAAGUAUUUAGAUCUGGUGCUCAUUUCCCUGCAUUUUCAUUUCAGAAACACGCAGAAACAGAAGCAUUUGGUAAACUAUGCAAAAGAAUGGGAUAUUCAGUAGUCGGCCUUCCACAUUAUGUGAUUUGGCACAUAUAUGAACCGUCGUCUGACGAUUUAAAACACAUGGAGUGGAUGGCGACAGAAGAAGUAAGGCAGAAAGAAGAAGCAAAAAUAAAGAAAGUCUAUGACAAGGUCUGGGAUCAGGCUUUUGAGGAUGUUCUGGGACGCUGGGGUAAGGAAAGACAAGACUUUUUGAAAAAUACGGACAUGACCAACAUAAGAAAUAUACGGGUCGAUUGGUCAGGAGUGGAUGAUUGGCAUAUAGACAAUAUUCAUGGCGAUAAGAAAUUAGCAGAUUUUAACCCUUAA